AUGGGGGGAGGCGACCAGAAGGGACCCGGAGAGCAGCAGCAGCAGCAGCAGCAGCAGCAAGAACAGCAGCAGCAACAGGCAGAUCAGCAGCAGCAGGCAGGUCAGCAGCAGCAUGUUCAGGUCGAGCAGCAGCAGCAGCAGCAGAAGCAGAUGACGCCAGUGGAGGCGCCCGAAGCCAGCUCCAGCAGCAGCAGCAGCAACUCGAGCAGCAGCAGCAGCAGCAGCAGCAGCAGCAGCAGGGGCGCCGAUGCUGCUGAAGAGCAGCACGAUGAGGAGGAAGAUGAGGGCGACACUUCCUUUACGCUGACUGUACAGACACUUGACCGUCGGCAGCUCAGAGUCACUGCAUUUCCAGACUGGACCACCCUGCAGCUGAAGGAAGCCCUGGCCCCACAUGUGUUAUAUCCCCCCGGGGAGCAGCGGCUUAUCGUGAGAGGCCACGUCAUGAGGGACGAAGAAGUGUUGGAGUCUCUGGGCAUUAGCAGCAGCGGGCCGAUGGUACAUGUGGUGCGGAACGCAGACAGAAGAAACACAGCAGGAGUGCAUGGGAGCAGCAGCGCAGCAGCAGCAGCAGCAGCAGCACUAUCACCACAGGAGCUGAUGAUGCAGCAGCUAGCGAGGUCACCGCAGCUGCAGCAGCUGAUGGAGAGUGACCUCAUGGGCAGCUUGCUGCAGUCUAGCCCGCUGCUGCAGGCGUUGAGAGAACAAAACCCUGAGAUCAACAGUCUCCUCUCAGACCCCCAGCUGUUUCGCAUGGGCAUGGACGCCAUGAGGAACCCUGCGUUGCUGAGGGAGAUGAUAAGGAAUACAGACAGGGCUCUAGCUAACAUUGAAGCUGGUUUCAACGCGUUGACGCGGGUCUAUCGCGGGGUGCAGGAGCCGAUGCACGAAGCAGCAAUUCAAAUUGCUACGGAGCUGCGCGGCAGCUCAGGGAGAGGAGAGAGGGGAGAGGGGGCGGGGGAUGCAGCGAGCCAACGCAGAGACACGGGGCCCUCCAGAGAGGCCUUGCCGAACCCCUGGGCGCCGCAGCAAUCGCAGCCUCGCCAGCGCUCUGAGGGGGCAAGAGAGGCCCAUGAGCUGAGUACGUAUCUCGAGGCCAGGAGGCGGCAGCAGCAGCGGCAGCAGCAGGCGGUGCGACAGCAGCAAGUGCAGCGGGAGUACCUACAGCAGCGGCAGCGCCUCUUGCAGGAGCAGCAGCAGCAGCAGCAGCAGCAGCAAGAGACCACGACGACGGCAGCUGGCGCAUUGCCAUCACAGCAGGCUCAGGCUUCUAGUGGUUCAGGUGUACAAACAGCUCCUGAUGCAGCAGCAGCAGCAGCAGCAGCAGCAGCUGCUGCUGCUGCUGCUGCUGUUGCCUCCCCAGGCACCUCAGGGGCGCCGCAGCCUGCAUGGGGGUUUGGGGGGCCGGGGGGUAUCGUCCAGGACUUCACGAGGCUGAGUGUGGGGAGCAUGGAGCCAUCUGCAACGGCGUCUGCUGCGCAGCAGCAGCAGCAGCAGUCUCAGCAGCAGCGGCAGCAGCAGCAAACUCAGCAACAGCAGCAGCAGUAUGCGCAUCAACUGGCGUCUCUCAAUGCCAUGGGCUUCUCGAAUCAGGCGGAGUGUUUGUGGGCGCUGCAGCAGACAGGAGGGAAUAUAAACCGAGCAAUCGAUUUACUGUUGGCUCGGCAUCAGUGA